AUCAAUGGACAUGGAGUCUCCCCUCCUGCGCCUGCCCUCUGAGAUCCGGGGCCAGAUACUGGAAUACGUUCUGCCCACGACGACGCGCAUCCCUUCGAAGCACGACGCCAACGGGCUGGUCUGGCUUCGGGGCCACAAUGCCGUCCUCGCAACCUGCCGCCAACUGCACGAAGAAGGGGCGGCGAUAAUUUACGGGCAAAACACGUUCGUCAUCGAGGUCAGUUAUGACCGCAUCAGCUUCCGCUUCCGCUGGUUGCUGCCAGCCAACUGCAAUCUGGCGCCCAACCGCGCCUUCUCCUUCCUCGACCACUUCAGCCAGCGCAACAUUCAGCGCAUCAAGAACUACUACAUCAAGAUCGACCAUGUCGACAGCUACACGGGAAUGAUCAAGUUCAACUGUGGCGGGCGCGGCCUCACCGACGGGCUGCGCGAGAAGGUGCGGCAGCUGAUGACGGUGCUGCGGUGUGCUGGUGAGUUGAAUCGGGUCGAGGUACGGUUUGUGGACAGUAGCAAGAGGCCGCGAGACACGCAGGUCGUGUUGGAGCCGCUGCUGGUGCUGCGGGAGGUGCGGCGGGCGCGGGUGAGGGGCGACGUGAUGGCAGAGUUUGGCGAGCACGUUGAGCGCAAGAUGAGCAUGACGGCGGAGCAGCGGAGAGCGGAGCAGGUGGUGGUAUAGGAAGAUAGACUGUGUGUUUGAUAGGAGGCGUCCAAAAAGAGGCCGGGUAAACCGCGGCCCCGGGGGAAGGAGGGUCGAGGCCAACGCGCGCAUCGCCAAUGCGAGACGAUCACCGGCGGGAGCAGCGCAGCAAGCAGCCGCCUUGCCCGCUGAAGCAGUCAGAACACUCUCGGCGGCCAACGCUCGAUAAUAAUAGCAAUGCAAGACGCCCCCAUUUGCGCAUCACUCUCUUCCCGUUGCCCGAGUCUCGCCAGGCUUGCGGUGCACGCCUCCGCUGCUGGGUCUGGCUGCACCUCAAGCCUCCCCGAACACCAAGAGCAGAGCAUGCCCGGCAGCCACAGGCGCGCGAGAUGAGCUGCGGCGGGCUAGAA